AUGUCCGAUGAUAGCUUCACGUUCCCGACUGAUCCGACGAGCGCAGAAUCACAGUUCACCCAGCAUGACUUGCAGCUCCUAGCACAAUCGUCUCCAGAAUCGCCUCUCCGAGUUGUUGCACUCGUCGAUUACGACUCCUUCUAUGCCCAAUACGAAUCAGUCAGGCUGGGUCUUCCUCCUUCCAAGCCCCUCGCAGUGCGCCAAUGGAACGCCAUCAUCGCGUUGAAUUAUCCAGCAAAGGAUCGCGGACUGAAGAGGACUAUCUCGGUGGAGGAAGCCCGUCGGCUCUGCCCAGACAUCGUCCUUCAACAUGUCCCAACUUGGAGGGAAGGCGAUGAUUGCUGGAGGUACAGGGCCGACGUUCUGGACAAUUUGACGACGGACAAGGCCUCUCUGGACCCAUAUCGCGACAUGUCGCGAAGGACGAUGAAGCUUGUGCGAAGGAUUCUUCCGGCCACACCUGCGCCUACCAUCGAGAGAGCCGGGGUGGAUGAGUUCUACGUUGACCUGUCAGCUCAAGUCUACCAGGUUCUGACAGAGCGAUUCCCCGGAUUGGGAUCGCUCAGAGACAACCCCGAAGAGACGCUACCGUUGCCCCCGGUGGACACGCCGCUCGACUGGAAGUCGGACAAAGUGAUGGAUCUUCCCAAUGCCCGUGACACAGAAUACAUACUCGACUGGGACGAUGUGGUACUGAGCAUCGGGGCUAGCAUUAUUCGCAAUAUCCGCAAAGAGAUCAAGGCGGAACUGGAACUCACGACGUCCGCUGGCAUUAGCCAUAACAAGAUGCUCGCCAAGGUCGCUUCUCGAAUGAACAAACCAUUCGGUCAAACAAUCAUCAGGCGCAAGUGCAUCCCCACCAUUAUGCCGACCCUCAAAGUGACCUCACUCUCCGGUUUGGCAAGGCAGCUUGGUCAGAAAGUCGUCGAGGCGUUCGGGUCCGAUGGCAUACGCGACCUACUCCAGGUCUCACUUGCAGAGAUGAGAUCAGAAUUGGGAGCGCAAGAUGGUCAAUGGGUGUAUAGGGCCAUCAGAGGUGACGAGACAGGCCCAGUGAGGCCCCGGAGUGAAGUCCAGUCUUUGCUGGCUGCCAAGACCUUUGUGCCCAAAGCCGAGAACCUUCAACAGGCCAGCAAAUGGCUGCGAAUCUUUGCGGCAGAUCUCGAGUCGCGACUACGCGAUCUCGAUCUGGAUUUAGAGGUGCCUCGACGACCCAGGACUAUUGCUGUUCAACACCAUAUCCGGGGUCGGUUCGGCCCGACGCGAUCCAAGCAAGCGCCGAUCCCACCGCACGUCGAGAUCAACCGGGAUACCAUAUUUACCAUGCUGCAUGGAUUACUCAAGGAUCUUACAGACCACGGAGAGUCUUGGCCGUGCUUGGGUAUCUCUGUUAGCAUGUCGAAUCUGGAAUCCGGGGUGCCUACGUCUGAUCCUGGGCACCGUAUCACAUCCUUCUUUACAUCGGACUCCUCUGCGUCCCCUCGGAAACGAAGCCGAGAGGGAGAUGUGGCGAACAUGCAUGCAGGUAGAAAAAGGAUAUAUACAGCGAACGAUGCAGCAGAAGACUCAACAUCAGGGAGAUUAGGUACUGCGAGUAUCUCGGCUCGGGCCGUUCAAGGUAGCUCAACAGACGAGCAAGGACAGCAAUACUUGUGCCCUAAGUGUGACGAGGCUGUGCAGCCAGAAGAUGUUCUCGAACAUUUGGAUUGGCAUGUCGCAAUGGAGAUUCAGAACCAGGAGAGCUGA